AUGGCUCCUCCCCUUAAUUUCUUCCACAGUACACUCAUACCCAUAACCCUCUUCUCUCUCCUCCUCCUCACGGCCGCAUCAUCGCUCGAUGAAACUUACAUCGUCCACGUGAAGAAGAAGAUGAAUCCAAGCUCCACCGGCAUUGCCAAAACCGAGGACAUGAUUACGAGCUACCACACGUCGUUUCUUCCCCCGGGAGACAAACACUCGCUGAUCUACUCGUACAAGCACGCCAUCAGUGGCUUCUCGGCAAGACUAACACCCGAGCAAGUGGAAGUCAUCAAGGACACUGAAGGCUUUAUCUCGAUCCUCCCAGUCAUUGCAUACCAGCCGCUGACGACCCGUUCCCCAGGAUUCCUCGGGCUGAACCAGAACACCGGAGCUUGGCCGCGGACGGGGCUCGGCAAUGGAGUCAUUGUUGGGGUCAUUGACACAGGGAUAACCCCGGGCCACCCCUCGUUCGGUGAUGCCGGCAUGCCUCCCCCGCGUGCCAGCUGGAAGGGGCGGUGCGACCUCCCUCACAAGUUGAAGUCAAAGGGGUGCAACAACAAACUCAUAGGCGUGCGGGCGUUCCAGGGGGGCAAUUCCUCGGCCUCGCCGGUGGACAUAGAAGGGCACGGGACCCACACGGCUAGCACAGCUGCCGGCACGUUUGUGCCCGGCGUCAGCAUCCAAGGCGCCGCCCUCGGGACAGCGUCCGGCAUGGCCCCACGCGCUCACCUCGCGGCAUACAAAGCCUGCUUUCCUCCCGAAUGCAAAGAGAGCGACGUUCUAGCCGCUAUUGAUGCCGCCAUUGAGGAUGGGGUGGACGUGCUGUCCGUGUCCUUGGGCUAUGGGUCCAGACCAUUUUACAAAGACAGUAUAAUGAAAGGCGCUUUUGCGGCGACCAAGAAAGGAAUCCUCAUGAUUGUGGCUACGGGGAACAGCGGUCCUUCUGCCUGGACGGUGGCCAACGACGCUCCUUGGCUUCUGACAGUCGGGGCAAGCACGAUCGACCGAAGGAUUCGAGCCUCGGCAAAGCUGGGAAACGGAAAGAUGUUCGACGGGGAGUCUGUGUUCCAGCCCCGAAACUUCUCUUCUCACAAGUUGUGGCCGCUCGUCUACUACAACAGCUCCGGGAAACAAGAGUGCUACAGCGGGUCGCUGGCGGGGUUCGAUGUCAGGAAGAAGAUUGUGUUGUGUGACGUAAAUAUAGCCCUCGACCCCAGGGAUCAAGCCCAGGAAGUUAAGGAUGCCGGUGGUGCCGCCAUGAUACUGGCCAACGACCAAGUCGCUGCGUUUAGCCACUAUACUGAUCUCCUCGACUUGCCAUCCACAACGGUGUCUUUUAUCGCGGGCCAAGAAAUCAAGGCCUACAUAAAGUCGACAUCCUCCCCAAAGGCAACAAUCUCGUUCGAGGGGACGGAGCUCGGGUACCCGAUUUCUCCCGCCGUCACUUAUUACUCGUCCAGGGGGCCAAGCAGCCAAGCUCCCGGAGUUUUGAAACCGGACAUCAUUGGGCCGGGCGAAAUGAUUCUUGCCGGGUGGUCUCCUCUCGACCCGGAUAAUUUGGGCGUCACAUUCAAAAUCGAUUCGGGCACGUCCAUGGCGUGUCCUCACAUCAGUGGGGUCGUGGCCCUGCUCAAGAGCGCCCACCCAGACUGGUCGCCGGCAGCCCUGAAAUCUGCAAUCAUGACCACCGCGGACCUCGUCAAUUCCCACGGAAUACCGAUUUUCGACGAGAAACUUAAUCCGGCCAAUGCCUACGCGACUGGGGCCGGCCACGUCAACCCGAAUAGGGCAUUGGAUCCCGGUCUCGUCUACGACAUUGCGAUGGAUGAGUACGUCCCAUUUUUGUGCGGCUUGGGAUACACGGAGGACCAAGUCGAGAUGAUCACGCAGGAGCCGGCCGAUUGCUCGACGAGUAUCUCUCAGGGGCAACUGAACUACCCCACCAUCUCGGUUUCGCUUGGCCCGUCCCAGACAGUCUCGCGGACCGUCAAAAACGUGGGGGAGCCUGUCUCGUGUUACUCCGUCAGGAUUUCCGAGCCCGCGUGUGUGAAUAUUGUCGUGAGGCCAUCGAGGAUGUGUUUCACCAAGUUGAAGCAGGAGGCGACGUACCACGUGACGUUUCACCGCAGGAAGAAUAUGGCCUGCUGUGGGAAUAAUGAAUCCGUUGCACAAGGCUACUUGCUCUGGGAAUCAGGAAAGUACACAGUCAGGAGUGUUGUAGCAAUCAACAUCACUGGACAAGUCUUCUAA